AUGAAAACAGUUAAUAGGAGUUUACAUUUAUUACUGUUGGGUAUUGCCAUCAUCGGUUUGAUGAUCAAUGUAGAUGUACUAGUAGUACAAGCACAGUUUCACGUAGAUAUAUUAGUCAAACCUCAAGAGAUAUAUGGGUCUCCAUGGUUUGAUGGUGCUAGUCAGACGUGUACCUCGUACUACAAUGCUCAAUCUAUCGGAGCUAACCAAUAUGGUGGUCUGACGUCACCAAUCGACAUCAAUGUUACAGCUUCAUCACUAUCAUGUACAUCGGUUCAACAAGUACCUACACAACUAUCACGAUGUGAUUUCCAACUGCGCUUUGAUUAUCCCGCAACAGACCCACCUCAAAAAACAUACACCAUCACAUUUAUAGCUGAAUCUACUGGUUUAUUAUCUUAUUAUGAUAUACCUUUAAUUUGUUCAAAACCAAAUUAUAUAAUACCAACAUUAUUAAAUGCAUAUUCAAAUUUAUCAUCGAUUGUUGUUAAUUUUAAAGGUGAUAGUUAUAGUCGUACACCUAUGGGUGCGAUCUAUAUGAUGACACCAUACAUUGUGACGGUUGAUAAUAGUGAAUGUUAUGCAUUUGCUGGAAACUGGCCUAGUAAUGUGACAAAGGGAUCGAAUCGAUACGACACGUCUACCUAUACCUUUGUAUUGUCGGUAUUGGUCGAUCCGAAUCGUGUAUGUGACUUUUCAAUGGCACCAAAAGUGACUGUAACCAACUCGUUUGCUCCAACCACUAUUACAAACACUUUUACACUACCAAUCAUUAAAUCGGGUGCCACUAGAACUUUAUUGUUUUCUAGUCGUACUCUUGUCAGCCCGUCUUCCCAACCAUUCAACAACUUUGUAACACAAUCGACCAAUCUUGUCACACUGCUAUCUGGAGCAACAGGAUCACAAAUAUUUGCUUGUACAGACCCCACUCAAAGAUAUCCAGUCAAUUCGUACAACCUCUUUUCAUUCCCAGUCUUGGGACACCCACUCAAGAUGGGACAACCCUCCACCUAUCUCACAGUCGAUCCAAUUCUAGAUGUCCAUGGAACACUCACCAGUUCAUUGACUAUUAUAUCGUCCAAUGUAUUUCCAAACAUUAGCAUCGUUCCCUACACGUUGGCUUUUGCCCCUGUCAUUCCCUCCCAAAACUCUGGAACCGUUACUAAAAAUAGUGUUAGCCCAUUUGGAAAGUGGACGUUGGCAUUUCCCGUCGCCACUGACUAUACUGGACUAGGAUUCAUGAUCACAACAAAUACUGCUGAAAGAUGUUUCUAUCGUGUUGUACCAUCCAUACCCUAUGGAAUCAUCAAUGGUACUCGCAAAGAGGCAGAUUGGAUGAUCAACAUCUACCUUCCAAACAGUUAUUUCACAAGUUCAGAGAAUAUUUUGGCUUCCUUUAUUGGUAGAUCAACCACUUCAUUUAGUAUUUCAAAUGGUGCAGUUUCUAUUGCUUCUCCAAUGAUAAUUGAUAAUACAGCACCAAUUGUAUCAUCAAUACAAAUUCAACCAAUAUCAAGUAAUAGAUUAAUGGUUACUGUUAAAGCAAUAGAUGGUGGAGGAUCAGGUUUAUUGAGAAUUAUUUGUGGUUUGGUAGUUACUGCGGCACGUCCUCUAGUGGCAGUUGACUUGACAGAAUCAAAUUUGAUUUCUGGAAGCAUUUACGAUGGAACUUGGCAAGGAUAUUUGGACCUCGAUAAUGUUGAGGGUCUAGAAUCCAAACUAUCCAAUUUAAAAUGUAGUGCAAUCGAUCAAGCACUCAACCAGGCACUUUAUUUUGCUGGUAACUUUUUUCCACUAGAAGCAAACCUUUCAUUCUCUCGUUUUGACAUACCAACAAACAUUGACAUGAUUUGGUUGGCCGAGGAUUUUACCUACUUUCAAUUUAAAUACCAAACAGUCGACGUUACAAACGUAAACAUCAACAACACACUUUGGUUCAAUGUUCAAGUCAAACCAGGCGUCUCACUUGCCAAUAUCCGACCGGUACUAAAAAUCAAAUGUUUUAGAACUCUUCGAUCCAUUCAAGAAUUGUCGUUUGAAGGAUUGUGGAAUCCAAAUGCUCAACUAUUCCAAAUCGAUUUCACCAUUCCAAUGAAUAUCUAUCAAGGUGAUUUACAAUAUAGUAUUAAAAGUUUCCCCGAUAUUGAUUUUACUAGUUUACUUUCAAAGUUUCCUCAAAAUGCAAGCAUUUAUGUUAUUUCAAGUUAUGGAGAUUUAUAUCCACCAAUGAUAACAGAUUUAAAGACAGAUUUCAUUCAAGAUAAUAAUAAUGAUUUAACUGCUAAAUGGACAUUUACAAUUACAGAUCAACCAAAUGGAUUGGAUUAUGCGAUUAUAAAUAUUACUUCAGAUAUGGAUUACAGGGUCAGAUCAUUUACGAUUCGACCACAAGAUGCAGUAUCGGGAGACGCAUACUCUGGAGUCUAUACAAUUAGUUUUAUCACACAAUGUGUCAACGAAGUUUUUACAUUGAGCUGGGCACUGACCAAAGACAGAUCAUUCAACUAUGGCAUUUCACCGUCAUUGGAUGAUUCAAUCCUCAAUUAUAAUACUCAUGCCGUCAACCUCAACUAUAUUAAUCCAUUAGAGGGAAUCGAUCCAUCAAAUCUCACCAGGAAAUCAGCGUGUGGGGAUCAUGGUGGUCAAGGCAUGACUCCACCAACCAUUCCUAUGAUUCGAUUAUCCUUUAGUCAAUUUUAUCCAGGUCGUCCAUCCCUCAAUUACUUUCUCAAUUUUACGGUAACAAGUGUAGAUGGAGUGUCACCAGAACACCCUCCAUUUGUCUAUAUCCAAAGUCUGCAUGGUUACCAUCUCAAAAUACCAACUGUAGGUGCGCCUAUUACAAACACCGAAUGGAUUUACAACGCAACAUUUAAAAUGCCAUUUGGGUUUGGUCACAAAAUGUCGUCCGAUGCCGACUACCCAUUUAUAGUGUCAGUGUAUGGCGCUACCAGUAUCUACAAGAUUUCGAGUGGUUUCACUUCGCCAGUAAACAUCCCUCGUAACAUGUCUGUACAAGAGACAACCGUCAUGCCAUCAUACUAUCCAUCAAAGGUCUAUUCAAACGGUGGACAUAAUCUUACUAUUUAUGUGGUUGCUGGUAUUUCAGGUGGAGUGAUGAGUGGAGAGUGUAAACAUGGAGCACAAGUAUUAAAGUCAACGAGUGUGACUCCCACAUCUAUCACAUUCCAACUAGUUCCACCUUUUACUCCAUUACCAUCAACCAUCACCUGUUAUGCAUUAAUUAUGGGUGUACAAACCAAUUCCAUCACUAUUCCAGUCAUAACACCUGUUUAUACUUUACCGUCAGACAGUCAAGGAGGUGGAGGUGGAAAUGGAAAUACUACCAACCAAUGUUACCAAACUGGAUGCUCUGGUAAUGGUGAUUGUACUAGUAACGGUUGUAUUUGCAGUCUUGGCUAUUCUGGCACCACAUGUGAAAAACAAACCAUCACAGUUCCAACAAACAUCUCACAAACCGCACCAGAAACCAUCAGUCAAGAAGACCAAAAACUAAAGAGUAUCAUUUCAAUUGCAGGUGUCAGAGAAUUGGAUAUUAAUGGUGCAGUUAUCAAUGAAUUUAUGUUUACUUCUAAUAAGAGUUGGACAUGGACCAAUAAUACUAGUACAACUCAACCAAAUGGCAGUCCAUUAAUGUAUACUAGUUUUGGAAACAAUUCAAAUAUCAACGUAUACAAUACAACCAUUUCAACGGAUAGAAAAACCUCUCUCACCGUCGUCAUUGAACAAUUUAAUGAUUUUGGUAUUGUUGGAUUUGCCAAUCAAAAUCUGACAAUGCAACCUGGCACUGUUAAAUAUUUUAUUGGUAUGGAUAGUUAUGAAUUUGAAAGUACUCUAAAUACACUUCAACUCUUGGUUUCAAUUAAUGUUGAAUCUCUCAACCAAGAUAAUGAUUGUGGUGGUACUUUAAUCGACUAUGGUACCAAUUCGCAAGACCAACAAUCAAAUAGUAAUGUAUUGAAUUGGAUUAAAUUCAAGGUAGAUGAUCGUACACUCUAUGGUAGAUUUAUCAAUACUGGUAUUGUUGAUUAUCGUAUCAUUCAAGUUUCAAAUGUACUAUUACCACAACAACAACAAGGAAAUGAUAAUUCUACAAGUGCUCUUAUAGCUUUAAAUAUUCCAAAUUAUUCAAAUCAAAUUUAUUUGGAUCCUGAUUUCUCUUAUUUAAUUGAUACAAGAGACGAAUGUGGAGGUGGCGGUGGAUUGAAAACUGCACAAAUUAUUGGUAUUGCUAUUGGAUGUGCUGCAGCUUUACUCAUUGCUACUUUAGCAGUUGUUUAUAUUGUUAAAAGAAAAUAUUCCAUUAGAUUUGAUAAUGGUAAAAUUAAAAUGGUUACUGUUGGUUAA